CCAAUCAUCCCUUCACUUUACAUUCUCUCUUGUCCAUUUUCCUUUCCUCUCUCCACCUUUAGCCUUUUCAUCACAUAUGAUUACUUUUCCUUUCAAGUUUUUUCCUUAACUACAUAAACAAUUGUUCCUUACUUUUCCAUCUCUUUGUUCUUAAACUUCCCAUAAUAAUAAUAUAUUUUUUUUAUUCUUAGAUUUUGUUCCUCUUUCUUGUUUUUCUAUUAUUAAUCUUUUCUUGAAACAAGUUGUUUUGGGCCAUUUUCUCUCUUUGUUUGUGUACUCAACAUAAUUUCCAUCAACAAUGUUUACUUUAUCUUCCACUACUAAAACAAACCUUCAUCAAAUGCAAACUUUCAACACUGAAAACAAUAACAAUAACAACCACCUCCAUGAUGCUGUUUUCUCUCCAUACUUGAAUAUCAAAGAAGGAAACUUUAUAGCAAAAAUUGGUGAAUCAAGCCAAACAAACAAUCCCUUUAUCAAUCAUAGAAACUCUCCUCUUCAUCAAGUUGAAAAGGCAGAAGAAAUUGGAGUAUUUGGAGCUGAAAAAUACUUCAAUAGAGGAGAAGUUGAUACUCCAAGACCUUCUACAAAGUACCUUCCUCAGAGAAAGGAAACAAUGGCUAUAGAAACUAGAAAGUACCAAGUUGAGUAUGGAACUCCAAGUAUUAGCUCUGUGUCAACAUGGAACAGCCAAAAUGCACUCUUGAAGAGUGGAGUGAGAAAUUCUAUAGGGAAUAGCAAAGAAAAAGAGCAUGCUAAGAGUGUUCUAUCGAGUCUUCGUCUCAAAUGCUCUUGUUCUGAUAAGAAUUCUGUUGAUAUAAAUGACCAUGCAAGUGAAAUCAGUUUUAAUAACAAAACUUCUAAGUAUGGUGCAGUUCAAGGUAAAACAACGCCGAAAAAAGUGUUUAAUCUUGGUCUUGAUGAUGAUCUUUCAGUAAGAAUAAGAAAGCCUAGCUCAGAAAUCUUGAUCAAUAAAGAUGUUUACUUUCAAAAGCAAGAGAAGUUAAGGGUAGGAUUGAACAAUGAAAAGAAUAGUUUGGCUUCUAACUCAAGAAAUCAUCUUGUUCAAAUGCAAAAUCCAUUAGAUGGAGAAAAGACACCAAGAAAAUCACUUGAAGUAUUUGGUUCACCAAAUCCAAUAUUGAUCAAUACCAAAAGAAAUUCAUUGACCAAUGAUAAAAGGUUGAUAUUUCCAAAAAUGGAAGAAAUUGAUAAUGCAAACUAUGAUGAUGAUGAUGAUGAUGCUGCAAGUGAUGCAAGUUCAGAUUUAUUUGAGAUUGAGAGUCUCAAAGGAAAACCCUCCAACAACAAUUUUCUUACUAGACAGACAUCAGAUGCUGCUUCAAGUUGCCUUAGCCCGAAUUGUUACGCGCCGAGUGAGGCAAGCAUAGAAUGGAGUGUGGUAACUGCAAGUGCUGCAGUUAUGUCAGAUUGUGAAGAUCAAAUGUCUGAGUUUACAAUAAGGAGUCCAAUAAGGACACCAUUGAAACCAAAGGUUGCUAAGGAGACACCGAGGCGGCGGCCUGGCAUGUUGUUGGGAUGCAAGAGCCACAAAGCUGUUAGAGUUUCUGGUGAUGCCUUUAUAACUUAUGAGAAACAAAGUUUAAGUCCAAAAAUUAGUAGCAGAAACAAAAACAAUACUAAUUCUCAGGUGGCAAGGUUUCCAGGAGAGACAAAUUAUGGUGCAAAAAGACAUGGACAACAACAUGGUUAUACCACACCACCAUUGCAGGCCUCUAACUCACCACAUGCUUCAAAGUUACUAUACAUUUAGCAAUAGUUUGCUAUGUAAAACAAACACUUCACAUUUGAAGGCGUGACUAUAUUAGUGUAUGGUGUCCGACACAUUUGGUUACAUUGAAUCAUGUCCUUCUAUCACAUAUGUUAUUGUCGUGUCUGGUGUCUGUGUCAGUGCGUUAUAGAUAAUUCGAGACUUUUUAGUUGUUUUGGAAUAUAUGCAUUAUGAAUUAGUAUAGUGCAAAAGGCAAAGAGGUAUGGCUUCAAAAGUAAGGGUGUUUUUUUGUUUAGUAAUAAUGUUGAUGUAUUUUUCAGUUGAAUUUUAUAUAAUACUAUGUUUGCUUUUAGUAAUGGCAGUUUAUGGUUAAAAAGUUGAUGAAAAUGAAUGGUUUGUAGUCA